GGCGCAGAGGGAGGAGCGCGUCAAACUGUCAGAGGACAAGCGAGGAGGGAGAAAGAGAAAGAAGUGUGGAAUUUCUCAUCAAAUGCGCAUAAAUUAAUAUAAUUUAGGCAUGAUGAGAGGGAUGUAUGGUUUAAGUCAGGUGGAGCAUGUAAGUGGAUGAAAUAUGAGGACCAAGGAAAAGUAAGAAGCAAAGGCAGACAGCAGCUGACGGGACAAGCUGGAAGUUUACAAAGCGAGAAUCAUCCCGAGGUCUUGCCUGCCUGAGUAAAGGUAUCUUGUGCUCGAUGAUGUGCUUCCAUGUGGGAUUUACGUGAUCGGGAGCUUGAAUCACUGUGCAGGACGCAAGGCUUUUCGUCUGUGUGGUUAUGACUAUAAUAUUAUUUUAAAGCCUUUUUUUUUUUUUUUUUAGAUAAAAAAAAUAAAAUAAUAAUAAUAUAAUGAUGACUUUAUGAAAGGAACGAAGGUUUUUUGUUUUGUUUUGUUUUUUUGUUUUUUAAAAGUGUGUUUAUUUAUUUUAUUUCCCCCCCCCUCGCAAAAUGUGGAUUUCUACUUUAAAAGUACAUGCCCUGUCUAAAAUUUAAUGGAUCUUUAAUGACCGAGUUCUCGUCGUAUGAAUCCAAAAUACCAAUAAUAGUUUUCCAGUGUGAAUAAUUCAUGAAAAGGAGCGCUCCAUCGAGGACUGGAAAAAGUUACGGAAAUACAGGGAGGAGGAAUAACAAGUAGACUUGUUCGAAGUGGUAAGGAGGGGGGGUGGGAUGGCCACAGCGGCUUCCAAUCCCUACCUGGCAAGCAACAGCAUUCUCUCCUCAUCAGGCUCGGUCGUGCACUCGGAUUCCGGAGGUGGUAUGCAGCCGGGAAGCGCUGCCGUUACUUCAGUGUCAGCCGGAUACAGAGGAGAUCCUGCGGGCAAAAUGGUGCAGAGCGAAUUUAUGCAAGGAGCUAUGGUGGCCAGUAACGGGGGCCACAUGCUAAGCCAUGCUCAUCAGUGGGUCACCUCACUGCCUCACGCCGCCGCCGCCGCCGCCGCCGCAGCCGCAGCAGCAGCAGCCGAAGCCGGAUCGCCUUGGUCUACUAGUCCUGUGGGAAUGGCGGGCAGCCCGCAGCAGCAAGAUGUCAAGAGCACUUCAAACCGGGACGAUCUUCACACCGGUACCUCGCUGCACCACCGAGGUACUCACGGAGCUCACCAGGCGCACCAAAGCGCAUGGGCUGGCACCACAGCGGCGGCGCACAUCAGCACCAUCACCGCGGGCCAGCAGCAGUCUCAGCAGUCUCUCAUUUACUCUCAACCAGGUGCGUUCACCGUCAACGGGAUGCUCAAUCCCGCCAGUAGUUUGGUUCACCCUGGUUUGAUGCGCGGCGAAUCACCCGAAAUGGACCACGGCAACCACCAUCACCACCACCAUCAUCAUCAUCAUCCUCACCAUCACCCCCACCAGCAGCAGCAACACGCGCACCAUCCUCACGCGCAGCACCACGGCGGCGUGAACAGCCACGACUCGCACUCAGACGAGGACACGCCGACCUCCGACGACCUCGAGCAGUUCGCUAAGCAGUUCAAGCAACGUCGCAUCAAGCUCGGCUUCACGCAGGCCGACGUCGGCUUGGCUCUCGGCACACUCUAUGGCAACGUUUUCUCGCAGACCACCAUCUGCAGGUUCGAGGCGCUGCAGCUUAGCUUCAAGAACAUGUGCAAGCUCAAGCCGUUGCUGAACAAGUGGCUGGAGGAGGCCGACUCGAGCACAGGCAGCCCUACGAGCAUCGAUAAAAUAGCGGCGCAGGGCCGCAAGCGCAAGAAGCGCACCUCCAUCGAGGUGAGCGUAAAAGGGGCCUUGGAAAGUCACUUCCUCAAAUGCCCUAAACCUUCUGCGCAGGAGAUCACCUCCCUGGCGGACAGUCUGCAGCUGGAAAAGGAGGUGGUUCGUGUUUGGUUCUGCAACCGGAGACAGAAGGAGAAGAGGAUGACACCGCCUGGUGUAGGCCAGACGCCGGAGGACGUGUACUCUCAGGUCGUCAACGUGAGUGCAGACACACCGCCCCCGUCCAUGGACUGCAAACGAGAGCUUUGUGGUAGAUUGCUUAAAAGAUGCAAGUUUGAAAGAUGAACCCGACGACCAGGUGGACACAACUUCGAGCUCCUAUCAUCAGCUCAUUUUGGUGCAUUGACAGUACAAGCAUAAACAAAAGCCCAACCAGAUGUUUAUGGAUCGCAUUCGAGAGACAUGAGUAAAAUGACUGACAUGAACUCGACAUGAACAGAGACACCAAAAUAAAGUCAAACGAACUGCGGUGUCGUCGCCUUUCCAAGCUGAGGAAUUAUAUUAUUCGUUUCAAAGAAAGCUAAUCGGUUGUUUUUUUUUUUUUCUGGCUAAAGUUCUCACCAGAAUCAUCUUUUUUUUUUUCUUUUUCUUUUUUGAAGACUUGAUGUGUUACAAAUGACAGUUUUUCUAUUUCAUAGAUUUUCUUUCGUGGACCGGACUUCUGUGAAUAGUUUUCACACAGGAAAAGGAUUUUAAAAUGCACUUAUUCGUCUUUCAGCCCGUCCUCUCUGUGGACACUUUUUGUUUUGUUUUGUUUUGUUUUUUUUGUUUGUUUGUUUUUGUUUGUUUGUUUGGUUGGUUGGUUGGUUGAAUAAUGGUGUACUUGAUCCCUUUUCCUUACUGCUAUUUCCAUGCAGUAGUUUUGGCCGAUUUUGAUUAAAAAAAAAAAAAAAAAAAAAAAAAAAAAAAAUCUGUAUAAAUCUGACAGUAUGAAUUCUCAGUGGUGAUCAACUUGCUUUCUAUUUUUUACCGGAAUCCCACCUUUGGAGUAUUUCAUGAAGUUCCCGAAAUGUUGCGAGAUGUGACCUUUCUCUUAUAGAAGUAGCCUUUCAUGUACACCCUUCUCCUCUCCUGCUUUCAUUACGAAAUCUAUACAGUUCGUAGGCUGCCACAGUGGUUAUUAAAACUGCCUACAGAACAGCACAUUGAGAAAUCUGAUAGGCUGACACAAUUUUAUUAUUUUGUUUUUGUUUGUUUUUUUUUUCUUUUCCUGUGAUUGUUAUUUAAGUUCAGUAUUGAUCCAGUCAGAGGUGAUUGAGAACAAUAAAUUUGAUAAAUUUAA